UCCACCCCGGGGCCUACAGCCUCAACCUCCGGGCACACAGAGCUCCAACCGGGACACACAGAGCUCCAACCGGGACACACAGAGCUCCAACAAUGGGGAUAAGAGGACUGACCGAUCUCAUCAGAGAGAGCGCUCCAGGGGGCAUCAGCUCGGGCCCACCCUCCCGGUAUAAAGGUAAAGUCCUCGCAAUCGAUGUUUCUAUAUUUAUUCACCAGCUUGAAUCUGCAAUGCCCGUCCUUGUAAACCGUCGUGAUGAGAAUAUCAGUGUUCUUAAAGGUUUAUUUAAUCGCACGGCGUCCAUGUUAAAGAUUGGUAUUAAACCUCUGUUUGUGUUCGAUGGGAAACCACCGCCAAUGAAACACCGCAAGGGAGAACCUCGGGGUCGGAGGACAGCCACCGUUAACGCAGCAGCUCAGAAUACGUGGAGAGAUCUCCAGAAAAUGCUGACCCUGCUUGGAGUUCCCUUCGUUCAGGCUCCAGGUGAAGCAGAAGCAACAUGUGCCUCGCUGGUGGCAAAAGGCCUGGCGUGGGGCACAGUGACUGAAGAUCUGGAUGCAUUGCCUUUUGGGAGCACACGCAUGAUCCGACACCUUAAAGCAAAUCAAACCGAGGAAGUCCAGGAAUAUGAUCUCCCGAAAAUAUUGGCAGAGUUAAAGAUGAACAGAAGACAGUUUGUGGAUCUCUGUAUCUUACUCGGCUGUGACUAUUGCAAGACAAUCGCAGGUAUCGGAAGAAAGAAAGCGCUGACAAUGAUCCAGAAACACGGAAACAUUGAGGGAAUUCUAAGAGCUUUACCGCAGGAACGUGUUCCCAAGGAUUUUCCUUUCCAAGAUGCUCGCCGUCUCCUCUUGGAGCCCGAAGUAAUCACUGUGAGCGCAGAGAAUCUCCGAUGGAAUCCACCAGAUGAAGAAAAGCUUAUCCAGUUUCUUUGCAAAGAAAAGUUUUUGAAAGAAAGCGAUAUUGGCAACAAGUUGCGGAAGAUUCGCUCAGAAAGUCCUCCACUGGCAAAGAAACGGAAAGUCUCCGCAGAUUCCUCCAGUCAAACCCAGAUCAAGGAUUUCUUUCCAGUGGCGAAAUCCCGGCGCACAGACAAGAAUUAAUCUCUGAAGCAGACAAUGACACGGAGCCCCAGGGACUCAAAGAGAUCACUACUGCUCGAAGGACAGGACUAGAAACCCCAACCUCUGCCUAUCAAUUUAGCCGUACCUCAUAACAUCUUACAUGGACAAAGAGGGGUGUGGGGAGUUUUGGUAACUUACAGGAUUAUUUACUUAAGUGUGAUUUCAAAGUUAUUUUCAAAUUUAAAGUAUCAAUAGUCAGUCUGAAACAUUCUCUCAGUCAGUUCUGUUUCCAGCUCUGCUUUUUUAGCCUUAAAAUCUGAAAUUCACUUUGAUUCCUCACUGUAGUGACUAACUCUGUCUUAAGGAAUAUACGGUCUGGAGACGGUUAUCACUGGAGAAAAUCUGGCUAUUUUGUGCCACAUUUCUUAAUUUCUAUUUUUAUUUUUUUACAUAUUUUUUAGUGAAUAUAAAUUGGUAAUUUAAAAAUGUUCGUAAAAUAUGUUAAAACUGCUUAAUGUUCGUGCUUAUUGUGCUUUUUUCAGUAUAUUUGUAAUACAUGCCUCGCUGUGGGAUGAGUGGUGCGAUUAGCAAGACGUUAAUGUCCGUUGGCUCUAUAAUGGUCACAGAGUUAGAUAUUUGCAUAUAUGCUAGUCACAUUCCUAGUGGCCAUUUCUAUGGUGAUACACAGGGAAGAGGGAGAAGACCCUCCAAGGACACGUCUCCUUCCAUGGUCACCCCUGGUAUUUUCACUUGGCUUGGCGCCACCACCCUCUCUUUCGGUCUCCUGGCGGCCUUGUAUGCCAGGAGCCACAGCAGUGGUAUAAACCUGCUCAUACAGUAAGAAUCCGGUUUAUGGAAGAUCCCGCUAGACGACCUAUGGGAGAUGGCAAGAUGAGGUGUCAGAUGGUGCUAAUAGUUUUGGCCAAAUAAUGUCUCGUCCAAAAGACAAAGUAGCGCUUACCUUGUGUCAUGCUUCUCAUUGUUUUGGAAUUGAAAUUAACCUGUAACAUAGUCUACAUGUUUUUGUCAUAAAGAUUUUAUCAAGAUUUUGACAAAGCUC